AUGAUUUCCGGGUUUUACCUGGGCGAGCUCGUGCGGCUGCUGACCCUGGAGAUCUUCGGGGCUGCGGCUCCGGCGAAGGCUCGUGAGGAGUUCUCGUUCGACGCGAAGCAAGCCGCGGUGCUGGCCGCGAGCCUCAUUCCGGGCCAGGAAAACGACCCCGCACUGGCCAGCAAUUGCAAAAUGCUCCUCAAAGAGUGCUGGAGUUGGGACUUAGACGCAGCGGCGCUCGCAGUGAUGCGCCGCAUCGGCUUCGCCGUCUUCGACAGAUCCGCCGCGCUCGCAGCAGUAGCCAUCGCAGUACUCGUCCAGCGCACCAGGAGCCUGGAGACAGACGGCGGAGUGACUGUGGCCGUGGACGGGUCUUUGUAUGUUCGCAACGAGUGGUAUGGACUUCGCAUUCGAAGUUUCUUGAAAGAUUUGAUUGGCCAAAACUCCGAAAAAGUUCUUUUGAGAGCAGCAGAUGACGGCUCAGGCAAAGGCGCUGCCAUUUGCGUCGCUGCGCUGCGCUGA